GGGGAUUAUAUUGCUGGGAAAAUGGAAUGAGACAGUGAUUGAGUGUGCGUCAAAAACAGAAUUCACGUUCAAAUUUAAAAGUUGGCGAUCGAACAAUUCUAUAGCGAUUGCACAGUGUGACGUAGAGCUGAAAUCUUGUCAAUUGAUGGAUACUGUCCUAAGAAAUAAAUACAACAUUUCUUACACGGGCCGAGGUGGAAUUUUGUAUAUUAUCAGUCGAGAAAACGUUACAUCCGGUACAUACACGUGCAGUGAAACGUACAAGCCUGAUAUUUUUGCCAGCAUAAACAUAUCAUCUUUAGAUGUGUUGUUAAGUAACCGUUCCGCACAAGACGUGCUUGGUACAGCGAGAACAGCGUCAAUAGAAUGUUCUUCGAAAUCUGAAAUCACAUUCAGAUACAGCAGACGAAACACAAAUGCAUCUAGAUCAAUUGCCGAGUGUGACCUUACAAUAAAGACUUGUCAUAUUUUAGAAACGGACACUGAAAACAAGUAUAGCAUUUCAUACACGGGGCGAGGGGGAAUUUUGCGCAUUAACAAUUUAGACGACAGAACAAUAGGGACGUACACCUGUUGUGAAACAUACAAUCACAACCAUAGUAUCAGUACUGACGUUAAUGUUUAUUAUAUAGACGAUUCACAUAACGCUUCAGAUGGUGUUUACUAUAUUGAGGACAAUACGAUAGGUAAAUCAGCGUUAUUUUGUGUUUCGUUCUCAAUCAAAACUCAGUGUUUUACAUUAAUUGUACAGGAAAUAUCUGAAUAGAACACUUUAAUGCUAGAUGCUAGUAUUUAUGAUAGUAUUAUUUCUAUGUAAACAUGUUUUCUGCACGUGAGGUAGAUCAUGAAAUAGUGCUCGUUUUUCGUAAUGUUUGUAUGUUUUGUAUGUAUUAUACCUUUAUUUAAAAAGAAAGCGAUACUCUGUCAUUUAUGUUUUAGCACAGUCUUCUGGUGAAUACAACAAAGGAACAAAUAUAUUGACUGUACUUUUACCAAUAUGUGCUGGCCUGAUAGUCGUCCCGAUAGUCAUCAUAGUGAUCAAUCGUCGCAUGCAAAGUAGCAAUAGCCGUAAUGAGGGUAAUCGUUAUCCGCCUCUCUCAAUGCUACAUGCAGAAGAGGGGCGAACGCUUAUAGACAGCCAGCAGGUAGAGGACAUGAACAUCGACUCCUCGAUCACUUUACCAACAGAUGCAGGUUCGUCACAAUUGACUGCACUCAAUAUAAGUUUGGAACGUGACAUAUCGGAAGGUGAGAGAACUUUCUCAGAAGGUCCAGAGGAAGGUGCUCCGGAUCUUACAGCACAUACAAUUGGAGUAAAAGUGACCACAGAUACAGCAACGGAACAACUUUGCCCUACCCCGAUGAGAGACAAACGACUUACAGACGAGAUGCAGGUAGAAGACAUGAACAUCGACUCCUCGAUCACUUUACCUACAGAUGCAGGUUCGUCACAAUUUACUGCACUCAAUAUAAGUUUGAAACGUGACAUAUCGGAAGGUGAGAGAACUUUCUCAGAAGCUUCAGAGGAAGGUGCGCCGGAUCUUACAGCACAUUCAAUUGGAUUAAAAGUGACCACAGAUACAGCAACGGAACAACUUUGCCCUACACCGAUGAAAGAUAAACUACUGACAGACCAGAUGCAGGUAGAAUACAUGAACAUCGACGCAUCGAUCACUUUACCUACAGAUGCAGGUUUGUCACAAUUGACUGCACUCAAUUCAAGUAUGAAACAUGACAUAUCGGAAGGUGAGAGAACUUUCUCAAAAGCUUCAGAGGAAGGUGCGCCGGAUCUUACAGCACAUACGAUUGGAGUAAAAGUGACCACAGAUACAGCAACGGCAAAACUUUGCCCUACACCGAUGGAAGACAAACCACUGACAGACGAGAUGGUCGAAAACAUGCACAUCGAGCCCUCGAUCUCUCUACCUGCAGAUACAGGUUCUCAAUUGACUGGACUCAAUGCCAGUUUGAAACAUGACAUAUCGGACAUAAACGGCACUAUUUCUGCACCCACUGAGGCGGAGGCGGCGGAAUUUACAGCACUUACGAUCAGAGUAAACGAAACCACAGAGAUAGCUACGGAGAAUCGUAGUCCUACACCGAUCCAAGACAUACAACCCACUGGCGAUAUGUCAACCACGAUGAAUGGUACGUCAACGCAUCCAAAUGGUGCAAUAACAGGUGAACAGCGUGUGGGAACUAUAGCCGGCUAUGCUGUAACCGGUUCUGCGAUAGGAUUUUUAACAUUUGGUCGGACUGGAGCAAUAGCAGGGGCCGCAGAUGCAGAGAGGAAGUUGACUUGGGCAGACAUCUGGCAGUAUGAGCCGUUAAGACUCAAAUUCCUGUUAAUGUCAGUUUACGACCUGCUGCCAUCCCCAACCAACCUUCACAGAUAG